AAGAGAUUUUUGCCCGCAGCCGCAAUUCGGUGGCUUACGCUCGCUGCGCGCCCUUGCAGACAGCUGACGCAUUCGCCGCAGCCCGCAGACGACGAGGGUACCAAAAUUUUCGAGCCCUGCGCCUGGCGCGGCACACAAAGCGCUGACCCUGCGCACAGCGCGUGCGGCCCAAUAUUGACCGCGCGCAUUUGACAGCGCACCCGCGCCAAGCCACCGCGCGCGCAAAGGAUGAUGGCGCUCCGUCUCAUCAUCCUCGCUUCCCUAUGCCUCACACCGAACGCGCGCAUGUCGAAGGCCCACAAAAAGUCCAAAGAGUUGAAGGAGAAGGAGAAGCUCGCCGAACAGAAACGCAUCGUGGAGCGGUUGUACUACGCGCCCUACAAGUACUACGGGAGGCCUUUACAUUUACUCACGGACGUCGAGUGGGGAAACUUCGAACGAAGAUCGAGAAAACCGCGCGCGUGCGCAUUACCUACUAAUGUACCGGGCGACCCGAAGUUCUACCUCUUUUCCUAUUUACGAGAUGAUUCGCCCGGACUAUUGGCGCAUUUUCUGCGGUGGUAUGGUGCUGCUGGUAUUGAUUUCUCUCGAUCUCGCUUUGUCAUACAUGGUGUUAAAGUAGAACCAGGUAGUGCGACGGACGCCGAGAGAACCGCAAAAGUCUUCCGGGACUAUCGCGUACCUUCUGAGUCGUUGCGGUAUGUGUCUUCCUAUUCGUCGCAACUAAAAACUGCGGCCGUGAAUGAGUACUUACAAGAGUUACCCCUAGAGGCGUGGCUGGUGUACCCGGACCUAGACGAGUUCUUCGCCUACCCCUGCUACUGGGGCGGUAGGGUAUUACCGCUCGUGGACCAUAUGGCUCGACAGUCGGUGGACGGCCCGAUGGCGGCUUCUAUAGUCGCAGAUACUUCAUUACCAGAAUUCGCUUGGUUGCGACAGUUGGCGGCGACGACGCCCCAUUACCGGGACGCGCCCUGGCACCCUAAUAGGCAAAGACCCGCUGAUUUUGUGGGUGGCGAGAUGUAUGAUAGGAUCGCGCGCACAUGGAGGUUAGAAGAAGUCGUACCACCACCUGCUCCCUUCUCGCCAUCACGAUGGACGGACGCGGACAUUGGCGCUCGUAGUAUCUUCCACCAGUACCCCCAUUCUUUGAGAGCCACUGGUUGUUUAUUGCACGCGCGGCCCUUCAAGCACGUCUUGACUUCCGCCGGCUGUAAAGAUGAUGAGGGCAAGCUCGUGUACCGUCAAAAGUUCGAAUCUUCGCAUUUAACCGGAUGCUACGACGGCGAGAAUAAAGUAGAGCGGAAGCCUCAGUUACAUGAAACUCAAUUAGCCUUUGCCCACUUCCGGUUCACGUCCAAUGCCUCCCAAGCUCUUAGCGAUAAGCGGAAGGCCUAUGAGACAGCCGCCGAACAAUUCAAGAAGCAACAUGCUGAUCUAGAUAUGAAGACGGCGCCACCUGCUUUGAAGGCGGAGUUGGCUAACCUGAACCACGCGCAAAAGACGUACCAAGCGCAGCAGUUGUUAUUUGAAACUGAUCAAGGGUUGUUGGCCUUCCGGGAUGCGGUGCAGUUAGUGUUAUUGUUGGACUGCAACCAGGACCGACCUCUCCCGAAAGUCGACGAAAGGACGGGCGAGCAACCUCCGAUGUUGUACGGGCCCCAGACUUCCGGGAGGCUGGAAGAUUCGAAGCGGAAGGCUUUACUCGCGCUGUUGGCUACUACUGAUGCGGAAAGGGCUCGUAAGCUGGCCAAUGCGUUAUUCACGGCCUACUACCCGCCCGCGCGGAACCUGACCAAGUCCAAUAUAUUGAACAAGCGCCUGGCGGCCUACCAGUACGACGGCCGUUCUCGAGACUUCCAGCGGUCCCAUAUUAAAGGCAGGGGGCAGACCGGGUUGUGAUUACUCCACGGGGGACUUCGCGCCUUCGACCGCCGUCGAGACGAGCGCGAGGCGACCGCUCCCCCCCACAGUCGACGGGACAUGUUAUGA